ACAAAAUGAUGAUGGUCAAUCAUCAUUACCAUCUUCAACUACGACAACGACCACAUCGACAAUGGUAACAAAAAUUUGGAUAAUCAAACAAUGAAGACGACAAAAGAUAAAAGAAAUGAAUCAAAUAGCGGUAAAGAUAAAGAUGAUAAUGAUGACGAUGAUGAUGACAAUGAUCAACCAUCGAUAAUUGUUUUGAAUAAUAAUAAAGAUGAUCAAACCGAUCAAUCAUCGGAUCAAUUAUCAGAUGAUCGAUCCACUGGUAGUAUAAAUCCAAAAUUGAUUUUUAUUGAACGUUUAAUGGAUCUAAAUUUUCAACAACAACCAUCAUUAGCACCACCACCGCGUUCACCACAAACUGGUCUAUCGUCAUUUUUUGAUAUGCGCAAUUCACCAUUGGAUUCAGAUUCAAAUAAAACAACCACUGUUGAUAAUUCGGAUGAUUCAGAGUUAUCUGAUUGGAGCAAUACUUUUGAUAAUAUUCGUUCAAAAUGGGAGAAUCGUAUACGUAAAUUUACAUACCCAUUACAGAAUACAUAUUCAGUAGUAUUACGUUCUUCAAAUAUCAAUAAUGAUAAUAAUGGUCCAACAACUACUACUACUGAUAAUUCAUCUGAUAAUGAGAAAUCCAAUAAAAUUGAUCCAAAUCAACCAUCAAUGUCUAAUAAUAAUGAUGACAAUGAUGAUGAUGAUGAUGAUCGUCCGAGUGUCAAGUUUUUCUUUCAUCAAUCUAUUGGUGGUGGUAGUCCAUUCAAUGGUUUUACCACUUCUUCAAUGCCAUCGUCACCAAUGAAUAAUAAUAAUAAUGUAAAUGUAAAUAAUUCACCAAAUUCAUCACAGACAAAUCAAUUAUUUCGUAUGGCUGCAUUGACAAUGAUGUCUAAAUUAUUUUCGGCACUUCGAUCUCAAGCAAUGACACCACCAUCACCUAAAAUAAUGAUGAUGAUGGAAAAUAUACCAAAAAUGGCUACAGGAUCAGCUGAUAUAGAUCAUAGUAAUGAUAAUCAUGAAAUCGAUCUAGACGAUGAUGAUGAUGAUGAUAUGGAUGGUGACAAUGAUCGCACAACAACGGAAACAAUUUCUGUACCAAUUUUAUUGGGACAAAAAUCACGUCAAUCAUCAUUGUCAUCGAAUUCAAUUCAAGACGAUUCAUCAGAUUCUGAUCAAACAAUUCGUACAACCAUUAUGUAUGGUCGACCAUCGCCACCAUCAUCAUUAUCACUACCAAUUUCGCCACCAUUAAUGAUGAUGGGUCCACGUUAUUAUCCAACAUCUUCACAACACCAGCAAUCACCAACAAUAACUAAUCCAUUGGCAGCCAUUAUUCAGGCAAUCGCUUCACAAACACGCAAUCAACCAAAUUAUAAUCGACAAUUGGAAUCACAACCAAUUACUACAGCUGCUGCUGAACAACCACAACGUUUGAUUUUAUUGAUAACACAUCGAUCAAUGCCCAAUGUAAUAGAACCAUCCUCACGUGAAGAAUCAUCGCCAACAAUCAUGUUUCAGCAAUCACCAACGAAUCAAGCACAACAACAACCAAAUUUAGCAUAUUACAGUCCGCUAUCACCACCAUUGUCGCCAAUAUUAUAUCAAUAUAGUCAGGCUCAAUCGCAACAACAACCAUCACCAUUAACUAUGGCUAUUCCACAACAACAAGUUCGGCCACAUGUUGUUGAAGUUCCUGUUCCAAUCUAUGUUCCUGUACGUGUACGUGCACCGAUUCGAUCAUCACCACCACAACAACCAGCACAAAUGAUUUCUUCAAUAAAACCAUCGAUUAUUCAUCGAUCAUCAUCACCGGUAUCAAAUCCAUCACCAAUGGCAGUCGUAUAUUAUCAUGGUAACAAUAACAAUAUUAAUGAACCAACAAAAAUGGUUGUUAAUAGUGAACAAUCAAAUGGUGGUCGUGGUAUGGCAAUGAUGAUGACAAACGCUAAUAAUGAAAAUGCAUAUUCUCAACAACCAUUGUUUCAUACAUCAUCAUCUGAACCAUCAAUUGAUUUUGUCGAUCAACAACAACAACAAUCAUCACCUGCUACAGUUGCUGUAAAUCAUGCUGUAGUAAGAAUCUUACUUCGACCAAAGGGGCCAACAUCUUUAUUAUCAUCAUUGCCACCACCAUCACAUCAACCCCAACAACAACAACAAUUAUUACGUCGUUUUGAACAACCAGCAGAAUUUCAACCAGAAGAAGAUCAAAGCCAUCCAAUUAUUAGCCAUAUAUCAAUGCCUAUGAUGCAAUAUGCUGAUAGCCGUUUACAACAAUGGCGUGAUUAUCAACAACAACAACAACAGCAACAACAGCAGCAGCAACAACAACAACAACAACAGUAUCAACAAAUACAGCCACACCCACAAUCAUCAAUGACACACAUUAUUCUAGCUGCUACUACGCCUGCUACGCGACCAUUAUUAUCGAAUAAUGAUGAUAAUGAUAUUGGAAUUAUGGAACAACCAGAACCGAUUCAUCCUCAUCAUCAUCAACAACAUUUUAUCACAUCUGGAUCAUCACCCAGUUCAACACCGUAUUUUUAUUCGGAACAAAUUGAACAACAACAAUCACCGCAACAGCCAACAACACAUAUGGAAUCAAUUCAACAACCACCACCAGCACCACAUCAUCAUUUAUUACAAACAACGAAUGUUGUACCACAAAUAAUGACAACUACUAAUGCUGCUGCCACUACAGGUGGAAACAAUGGUGAUGGUGGACAUGCUGCAUUUCUUAUAUUAGCCGAUCCAAAUGUUGAAACAAUGUUGAGCCAUUCACAAGAUGUUUAAAAUGAAUUAAUCAAUCCGAACUUUUUGGACAAUGAACGACGACAACAACAACAACAACAACAAAAUAAUAAAAGCGAUCUCUCUCUCUCUUUUCUAUCACGUAAUCAAUGA